AUGUGGCGUGCCCGCCGGUGUUGGCUGCAUCCCAGGGAGCGCGAGCGCUUGGCUGCCGUCGCAAGCGUGGAAGCGAUAGUUCAUCCUCUGCGCCGACGCACGCUCUGUCGCCUCAGCAAACUGUAUUUAAUUCUGCGGCGCCCGCUCAUACCGCGCGCGUUAAAUCGCCACCUCUCAACUCGGCUCGCCGAUGAAUAUUACGGCGUGCCUAAUAAAAUGGAUGCAUUGAUAAGUGCAUCUUUUCCCACACUUGCUGUGUCCUCUGGGUAUGAUUCCUCUGGGUCCGCAGCAAUACGCACGGUGCUUGGUUACGUCAUUAUGGGUUCCGUACCGACACUACAAAUGAUUAAUCGCGUAUGCUUCGGUUUAACAUCUAGUCCUUACCAUGCACUGCGCACGGUGAGACAGCUUAUCGAUGACGACGGCGCGAUGUAUCCACUAGCGAGUCGUAUCACAUCUACCUCACUAUACAUGGAUGAUGUCGCUUUCUCCUUGCCUAGUGAGUCCGAAGCCAGUGAAGCCUCUCAGCAGCUCAUUAACUUAUUCAAGGGUGCACAAUGGGAUCUUAUAAAAUGGAAUAGCAACUAUCAAUCCGUUUUAGAUAACCUCCCUGCUUCUCAUAAAAUUACAAAGGAAGUGGGGUUCGAUAAAUCAAUGCAGCAUAAGAUAUUAGGCUUGCAUUGGUCUACCGAUAGUGACGAAUUUUAUUUUAAAAUAUCUAUUCCCGAUGAUGUGACGUGCACUAAGCGCUCCAUCUUAUCUACUGUCGCCCGCUUGUGGGACAUAAUGGGUUUCGUUGCUCCCACAGUCGUAGUCCUCGAUAACUACUCUCUUGGUUACCCAAUAUCAGUGUACGCCUUCUUAGAUUCAAAGGUUGCUCUGUACUGGAUAAGAAGUUCGCCUCACAAGUGGCAAACAUUUGUUGCAAAUCGCGUGGUUCAAAUUACAGACAAUAUUCCCGCUGAUAGCUUCUACCAUGUCGCUGGCACCGAGAAUCCCGCUGACAUCCUCUCGCGUGGUUCGCCAAGUUACUGCCCCGCCGCAGCACUACUGCAG